AUGGACGACCACUCCCAGCACGAUGAGGUCGAAGGUGGAAAUGGAGAAAGCCUGGACCCGACCAAGAUUGAGGUCAGCUCUGUUCCCCAGACCCUGGUGGAACCUGAGGGGCCCGAGCUGGAGCUGGAGCAGGAGCCGAAGCCGAAGCCAGGGCCAGAGACCGUGGCGGCAGAGGAGGGGCCGGAAUUAGAGGCUCGGGAGAGCGGCGCCGACGCGGACCAGCAGGCGGAGACCCUGGAAAGGCCGGAGACCACCGAGGCCGCGGGCGAAGACGAACCCGGAGAGCCGAAGAGGCGGGCCGAUCUCCAGCCCGAGGGGCCAGCCGAGCCGCCAUCCGAAGAUGGGUCCGAGGAACCGGAGACUGAGGAGGUGGAGGUGAUGAAGAGGAGGAAAAUGGAAUCAUGUUCCCGAAGCUCUGCGAAGCUGACCACGAUCAGCAAGGAGGAGGCUGCUCCAGUCCUGGAGGCUGAGAGAGCAAAAGGGAAGGAGGAGGAGGACGACGGGGAGGAGGGAGCGAGCGAGGAGAGCCAGGGUGAGAUGGAGGGCGCGGAAGGGCGCAAGUGGAGAAGCCAGGAAGAGCGGAGGCCCUCGGGAGGGGACCCGGGGCAGGACGAGGAGUGGUCGGAGGAGGUACAGAAGGAGCAGGAGCAGCAGCUGCGCAGCGAGCUGCUGGAGCAGUACCACAGCCUGAUGGCGGAGCGCAACCGCUACCGGCGCUACAACUUGUUCCUGCAGCACAAGAUCUUCGAGGCGCUCCGCAAGAAGAAGGGCCUGGAAGCUGGGGAGGCGCCCGAUGGGGGUGCGGAGCCCGAGGACCCCGAGAGAGAGCAGGCCUACUUGCACCGCCUGGCCAUCCUGGAGGAGCUGAAGAAGCAGGAGGCGGACGACCUGGAGUGGUACCACCAGGAGCUGGGCCAGCUGAAGCAGCAGUGCCAGGAGAAGCUGGCCAGGGUGGAGAAGGAGUGGCGCCGCUUCCAGGCCCUCAAAAAGCAGGUGGUGAUGCAGGUCGUGGGCAGCUGCCGCAUGCGGGGCGGUCGCCAGGCCGCCCUGCGAGAGGUGGAGCAGAUCCAGGCCCUGGAGGACAAAAAGGAGAAGGAGAUGAGCGUCGUGCGCCUGGAGAACGUGCAGCUGAGGCAGAGCCUGGUGCACUUUGAAACCAGGAUGCGAGCCCAGGAGGACUUGGCCGAGGGUCUGCUCCUCAUCGAUUUUGAACAGCUCAAGAUUGAGAACCAGACCUUCAACGAGAAAGUGGAGGAACGAAAUGAGGAGCUUUUAAAACUACGCAACAAGGUGACCAACAAUGUGCAAACCAUAACCCACAUCAAGGAAAAGCUGCACUUCAUAGACACGGAGAAUGCGUGCAAGAAGACGCAGCUUUUGGAAAUCGAGGCUCAGGUGUCCCUAGGGAGGGACGUCCUGAGAAAGACUAAGCAAGCCCGAGACAGCCUGCGGGUUGACAACAUGAAGCUGAACCAGAAGUGUGGGCUUCUGGGUAAGGAAGCACUCCUACGGGACUUGGAAGAGAAGGUGGACAAGACCAACGCUCUCAACAAGCGCCUAGAAUCCCUGAAGCGCCAUCACGCGGGGCUCACGCUGUCCUGCAGAGGUGUGAAGCAGAAGAUUAGGGAGGCCAAAGCCUUCCUCCCCUCUUGA